AAUAGAUUAUGUUCUGUUGCAGAGACAUACAGUAAAUUUGUAAACCAAAUUACCAAUAUAUAAUCUGCAUUUAGAGACUUCUUAAUCCCUAACAGCGAUCGGUUAAUGGUGUGCUGUGGGGGCUGCUGGGACAGAAGUUAGAGGAGGGGCGUGGUUAGUGCUAUUCCGGAAAUGUCUUUACGCCGCGCAUCUGUAACGUCCAAAGCGCAGCGCUGGGAUGUAUUUCAGCAAAACGGGUCCAGUGAUUGAUUCAUCUUUGGUCCAGAUUUUUCUGCGCGUUUUAUCGGCAUUGUAUUAAAGUUAGUUCUUCUUUAUAAAACAAUGAGUGGACACAGUUUCUUUCGAUUUCCCUGUUAAUAUCACUUUAAACAAAAUAAAAAUAAUCUAUAAACAGUUUGUUGGUUUGCAAAAGAGCAUGGCACAGAUGGAGGGUCCUCUAACUGAAGGGGAAGGCAGCCCCCAGAUGGUAUCCUUGAGGUCUGGCACAACAGGGAACCAUGUGGAUGAUGGAGAGGUGGCACCGUCCAUGAGGAGGAAAAGGAGAAAGAAGAAGGAGCCACGUCCAGAAUCAAUUAUUGUGUACCGCUCUGACAUAGAGAGGGCAUCAGGGGAGGAACAAGGUGGAGAGGAUGGGGCAGAGAGGAGCACAGAAGAAGGAGCAAAGUUUCUCCACACUCCCACAGGUGAAGGAGAAAGCUGGAGCCUUCCCCCAGACAGUCGCUACGUGACUCUAACUGGCACCAUCACCCGAGGGAAAAAAAAGGGUCAGGUGGUGGACAUACAUGUCACUUUAACAGAAAAGGAGAUCAGGGGUCUGGCUAAAUCAAAGGAGCGCCUUGAUGCUGAGUGUGAGGCAGGGGAAGGGUCGACACGUAACUGUACUUUGGGUGUGGGGCGGGGGCCGCAUGUUGUCCUGUGGAGCAUCUCCUGUGCUCCUAUUGUUUUUGUCCUCUCCUUCAUUACCUCUUUCUACUACGGCACUCUUACCUGGUACAACGUGUUCCUGGUGUACAACGAGGAGCGAACAUUCUGGCACAAGAUUACAAUUUGCCCCUUUCUAAUCAUCUUCUACCCCAUGCUUAUCAUGCCCGUGGCGGUGUUUCUGGCUCUGUACUCCGCCGUGGUUCAGGUGUCCUGGGCCUUCAGCGAGUGGUGGCAGUCGGUGAAAGACCUGGAGAAAGGAUUCUGUGGUUGGGCUUGUGGGAAGCUGGGGCUUGAAGACUGUUCGCCGUACAGCGUAGUGGAGUUGCUUGACUCGGACACCGUUUCUGGCACUCUGCAGAGCAAAGCCCCAAGCGAACAUGCCCAGACGUCAUCAGUUUGAAGACAUCCCUUUGGCCUCAAAUUUUUAGUUUUCAAACAAAAAGUUAAGUGUCAGUAAAAAAAAAAUCUUACUUUGGAAAUAGUAAAUCAACAAUUUUUUUGUAAUGUUUUUUUUUAAUGAAAUGUCUUUUAUAAAACUGCAGUGCAUAAUCAAAGGAUUGUGUUUACCAGGGUAUUUGAAAGCUGCUCUACGUUUUCCUGCAAAGAAUUCAACACUGCCUGAACUGUUCCUGUGUUUGUAACUGUUCCCACAGACCACACCAUUGUUGUAUUUUAGCAGGAGGGACAUGGUAGGUCCAAAUGUUCAAACUGGCCUUGGUUUGCAUCGCCGAGCCGAGAAGGCAGAUACAAACUAUGCUGGGAGUUUACACCAAGUUUCACUUCGUCUGUAAAUAUUUCUACCUAACAUUCAUGUUCUCUGUCUUGUCCUGUCCAUUCUGGAGGGUUUUAAUGUUAAAAUUUGCACUAUGAGUUCAACUUUGACUAAAGGAAAACAUUUGACCUUCCAACAAGUUGAUUUCCCAGCGUCAACCUGUUUUAUUUAAUCUAUUAUUUUUUGCAAAAUAUAUGAAAAAGACUGAAUAAUGUUUGUCAUUCUUGUUUUUACCCAUGAUAUCACCACUUAAAUAGCUCAGUUGGUUUUAGUAAUAAAAGUUCCUAAUCACUU